GCCGUAUAUAACCAUGGUAACGGAGACGCUUAGGCCGCAUACAGUUUUAAAUGCAGCACACAGAUGAACAGGAAGGCGCGUGAAUGGAGAACAUGACGACGACCAUUAGUUCAUCCACUGGGGAAAAGAAAUCUGUAACUGCGAGGCGGACAGAGUUCUGUGAUGCUCAGAAGAUCAGUGAGCUCAUCAGUCCAGCUGCUGCAGAACUGUUUGGCAAAGUGAAUGUGAUGUGCCUGCUGGAAAAAGCUAAUCUGGCAAUUACUAUAAGCACAGAAAGAAAUGAAGUCCUGGCCCAUGCUGCAUUCAUGGACCAUCCCAUCGGUGAGCUGGUGGAUCAGGCUUCAUGGGAGCAGCUACUUCACACCCAUUUUAACACCACAACGUUCACACCUUUAAACACAAUCUUCCUGCAUCUUUUUGUGGCCCAGUCCGACUUUUCUAUUUCCAGCGCUAAAGAGAUUAUCAGAACUGUAUUCAAUGCCAUCACAGAGCUGGAAUACAUCUGCCUCAUCACACCCUGCAGCGGCAGCCUUGAGCCAGCUCUGAUGGACAUUUUUGAGCCCAUGCCCUGCGUGACAGAGGAAGUCCAGUGUGGUGCGUUUGUGUGCCACAGACACAACUACUGUCCAAGAUUGCAUGUGCGCAAAGCCAGGGUAAAAGAUCUCAUUGACCUCACAUACGUCGAGCAGCUGAAGACUGUGAAUGAUUGCUGGCCUGCGUCUGACAUUCUGGCUAAGAAAAUUGAGACUGACAAUGAGCUGAAUCAUGUGGCCGUGUUUGAGAAUGACAGUUUUGCCAUUGGCUUCAUCAUUGUCUCUGGAGACGUUGACCUGCUGAAGCUGAAUGAAGAAUACGAGCUCGGGCCUUUCGACGGACUGAGAAAGAGGAAAGCAGAGAAGCGAAGUGAGGAUUUGGACGACUCACAGCAGGCUGAGUCCACAGACGCCAUCACUGAUCCUCAGCAACCCGACGCAGAGUCUGAGGUCGUGGAGGAAGAGCCCAUUAAAGCUCCUACAACAGAGAGCUCAGGAGACAGUGUGGCCUCCGAAGCAGAAGAUAAUACUUUCUUGAUCCAAAUACAAAUUGAUAAGAAGUUUGAAACGAGGGCUGUGGAUUGCUUGCCUUAUGUUUUUCAACUUUUCCCGGAGCGGGAUUUCUGCAUCAUAUUUGUGAAUACGCUGGAUCCAGAUACCCAUCUACUCCAGUCCUUCGUCAGAGCCAUGCCACGGAACUGCGGACACCGUGAUCUUUACGUCCUCCACCGUUCAGGCCUUCUCAAGAUGCUAGAAGUGCGUGUUCCAGUUUCUGAAGAUAAAUCUGAAAUUCAGGGACUGGUUCCUCAGCACGAAGCCCUGAUGGAGGAUCUGGAGCUAUUCUUCCACCAAGACCCGGAUGUUCAGGCAUUUGUAGCACAGGUCGAAGGACAGAUAAUCGGUGUAUUGGUUAUUAAAAAUGAGCAGGACAUCGAGUAUAUCCGAGCCAACUACGACAUUGAGAACUUUGUGUACUUCAGUCAUCACCAGCGUGAGGAACAUGGCCGGCUGUGCCAGUUUGCCCUGAACCCCAUCUUCAAGCAUUAUGCCAAGCACUUCCUCAAAGAAGCACUGCGCCUCGCUCACAAAUCAUGCCUGUACUACCGCGUCUAUCCAUCUUACCACAGCGACAAGAGUUUCAGUGCCCACUCACUGACAGCAGGACUGAACUGUAUGGUGCCAGUGCAUCCACGACGUCAGGUCAUCUACCCACUGGAGGAUUUGGGCAUCAAUGCACCUUCUACUGUCAUUACCACAGAGCAGGUCCCCUAUGCACUGAAUCACAUUAACCGGAAGCUCACUAUGGAGUCCAAAGUUAACGUCAAUGCCAAGAUUGUGGUGGUAGGAGCUUCGGAGACUGCCUUGGCCUUUCUGGAAACUCUCAUACUCUGCCCACACCUGCAGUUCAACAACCUGACUCUUGUCUCUCCUCAUGGUUUACCUGAUCACCUCAGCACUGACCACGUGAGCUUUCUAGCUACAAGCCACUACUACAGUGAGCAGGAUCACGCUCAGCUCUCACUGCGCUCGUGGAUCAGCGUGGUGAAGGGAAAAAUGACAGCCAUCGACAGGAAAAUGACGCGUAUACAAGUGAACAAAGAUCACCACAUUCCCUACGAUUAUCUAAUCCUCUGCACUGGACAGCAGUACCAGAUGCUUUGUCCUACUGGAGUAGACGUCAGUACAUGGUCCCCGACCAGCUCAGUGCCAGAACAGCACAUCCGCAGGUACACAGGUCACAUUCCCUCCAACCUCUUCACUCUGAACGACCAGCAGGACUGCACUCGCGCCUACCACUGGCUCAUGGAGAACUUUGCCCAGCAAAAAAGUACCGCUGUGGUAUACGGAGACACCAUCGAUGUCUACACCUGUGUGGAGACACUGCUGCGUUUGGGUGUAAGAGGUUUCAAAAUUCAUGUGGUCCACCAGAAUGCAGCUGGAGCCCCGCCCUGUUUCCAGAGCUGCACCGUGAGCCAGGCGGUGAGGACGGCUCUGGAGAAACACUACGUUCAUGUCCAUCACAACUGCGUUCUGGCUCAGAUGAAUGAUGGACAGCAUCCCGAGCCACUCACAUCCGUCUCCUUUACCACAGAUGGCCCGCCCCUCAGACUGGAAUGUGCGGUCUUCUUUAACUUCUCCCAUAAAGGUGUGGACUAUGAGUCCUUCACGGCCAUCAAUAGCGCCUAUCUGUUGUUUGAUGGGCGUCUGGUUAUCGACUCGACCUACCACACAAACGACUGCAAAAUCUAUGCUGCGGGGCCUUUAACAAAGUUAUCUCGCCGUUGCUAUGCUGAUCAGUGGUCCCACUCUUACUUUAACUCCAAGGAGGUGGGCCAGAAGCUGGCGGCUACGUUGCUGCGCUUAUUUGACCCGACACUGGAGCCACCAGCCAAACCUGCACCACAUGCUGAUCAUCUCAUCCCCAUCUACAAGAAACCUAAGCUAACAGGUGGAAAGCUACCAGGUGGAUAUCAUUAUCUCCACAUCACAGAACCCUCGGGCUACAGCGACACAUCUCCACCUGUUAGCAGCGCACAGGGACGGAGCUUUGUGACAGGCAGUGUGAAGACAGGAAACUACUUCCAGCUGCGGUUCAGUCACCAUAACCUGGUGGAGAGCAUCACCUGCUUGUCCUUUAACCGACUUCCUGUCUCCAACUAUCUCUGUCUGUACGGCAAACAUCAGCUGCUGCUCAACCGGCUGUACGCACGCUGCGACGAAGAACUGAUCCAUGACUUCUACAGCUAUUUCAGAGAGAGUUGGUGCCUGGCUGUAUUUCACGAUCGCUUUGCUGAUUUCCAACAGGAAAUCCACCAGCUCAUGACAGCCAAGCUUGGCAAUGACUCAACGUCCAUCACAAAACUCUCGGAGAUGGUCGCAGAUGGCAUAUUGGAGAUCUCUGAAGAUCAGAGUGGACAAAGGGAAGCACUGGCCAAAGUGAAGGAACGCGUUCUGGAGUACUUACAGUUCAACCAAUACCAUCUACCCAUGUAUGCACAGCCUGGACUGCUGUAGGGGCUUUUCAGACUGUUCAGGCAAACAAAGAAACAGCCGUGACAGUUAAUCAUGAAAAUUGAGACGACUGCAGUCAGUACAAUCCCUCCGAAACGAUUAAAAUAUUAGACUAUACCUGCAGAUCACAUUACAUCCAAAAGCUGAAACAUGCAGCAUCACAGAUCCAUAUAAUUUACCCACAAAUGUAUUUAUUUAUUCUUCCCACUGCUCUCUUUCUCUCCCUGUGUGUGUGUGUGUGUGUGUGUGUGUGUGUGUGUGUGUGUGUGUGUGUGUGUGUUCACUGCUUCAGAUGGGCUAAAUGCAGAGGAGGAAUUUUGCUGUGCU